UAAAUAUUUGAAGAGCCGCCAAAUGACGAAUGGCCAAAGGUCUACCAGAAGAACAGGUCAUUUCCACUUCAGCUCCUUCUAAGCCCUAAUCCAGCACUGAUGGGUCACCGGCGACUGCGAACUACGCCACCAUGUCUCCUCCGGCGCCGCCUCCCAUUCCUUCUCCUCGCCCUCUUUUCUACCUUUAUUUUUCUAGCUUCCUUCCACAUCUGUGCAUCCGCACUCCGUUGCGCCAACGAGCUUGGCCGGAGAUGCCUUCCGAACUCAUCGGCCGCCGAUAUAUCCACAUCGGCGACCAAUCGGACACUGAAGAUUGCUAUGGUGAGCUUAUCGGAGGAGGAGAGCGGUGAUGGCGAGCGACGACGGUCGCGCCGGCGAUCGUUCCGCGGCGUGAUGGCGGCGGUGGGUGGAAACAAGCGGGCCUAUGCGGCGCGGAUGGGGUACGAGUUCAUCGAUGCACAUUAUGCUGUUGAUCGUAGCCGUCCGCCGAGCUGGAGCAAGAUCCUUGCCGUCCGUUCUCAGAUCAAGAGUCACGAUUGGGUUUUCUGGAACGAUGCCGACACAGUGGUGACCAACCCGGAUAUUUCCCUGGAGAACAUUCUUCGGGCGGUAAUUGGACAUGCUGAUUUCGAGAGUUCUCCCGAUUUUGUGGCGACAGAGGAUGUUAACGGGAUAAACGCAGGGGUUUUCUUCGUACGACGUUCUAAAUGGAGCGAAAACUUUCUCGAAACAUGGUGGAACCAAACAUCCUUUGUGCAAUUUGGAUCGACGAAGAGCGGCGAUAACGACGCCUUAAAGUUUCUGAUUGGAAACCUAUCAUCUCAGGAACUGAGAAAUCAUGUUCGAAUAUCACCGAUGCAGUGUCUUUUCAACUCGUAUCCUUGGCACCCAUCUUGGAAAUCUGUAUAUCAACUCAUCUUCUCAUCAGGAGCUGUAUGGAGAGGAGUAUAUUCCAGGGGAGAUUUCAUGGUGCAUUUAGCAGGUUUAGAUGAUAAGAAGGAAUGGGCUGCUAGGAUUGUCCAAGAGGUUGAAUCUGAGAGGAGAGAUUAUGUCUAUUUAGCAAGGCAGAGGCCUCUCCAUACUCUUUAGAUAUUCAAAUUUUAUAUUGGAAUGUAUACGUUUCUAUAGGCUUAGGGGCUGUUUGGUAAGGGGAUUUAGGAAAUUCUGUAAAUUUGGAUUCAGUAAAUCAGGGAUAGUUAUUGUCUUCAAUUUUUGAGUUUUAUAUAGUUCUAAUACAGGAUUGUGGGUAGAGUGUAUGUAACAGAGAUUAAUGUUUGCCUGAAUACUUUUUAUAGU